UGGGCCUGACGUGGCUUGGGCUCUACUUGGGCUUACUCGUUGGACUUGAUGACUUUUGGGCUUUGUACUAUGGCGCAACCUUCUUAAUUAAAAACUAUUAAUAAUUACGUAAUAGUACUACUUGUAGUGGUAAUCGGAAGAGGCAUUCAGUCGGUCACCUUUCCCAACUCAUACUUUUCUGCAACUUUUUUCAAUCUCAAGCUAAGCUUCAAGUUUAGGUGUAGGUGGGUUUGAGAAAAGGAGGAGCUGAUGUCAAAUACGAGCUCAAAUCUCAGUACAUCAUGCAAUGAAGAAGAGCAAGUAUCACAAGACGACGAAUUUUGGCCACUUUCAGGGAAACCCUUUUUCAGUGUCUUUAUUGCAAAGACUCAUGUCAAACCUACUUAUCGUCUGGUACUUCCAACAAAAAUUCAUCCAGUACUACCUUCGCUGAUCAUCCCUGCGGUUCUCACAUACAAGGGGAAGAAGUGGACUAUGUUGUUCAAUGGAACAAAUGUGGUGAUGAAGAGAUUUGAUAACUCUUGGCGAAACUUUGCAGAGGACAACAAGUUGAAGAUUGGGGAUGCUUGUGUCUUUGAACUCACUGAAAAUAGCUCUCGAAAUCUGGUUUUUAGAGUUCAAAUUCUCAGAGGUGAUAUACCCUCUGAAUUGCUUCCCAAGAUCGUUGGUGAGUCUUUGGAGUCUCCCAUUGUUAUCGAGUAAAGUAGUGGUAGUAUGUACCUUUUGGACUGAUGUAGUUUAGAUGUAUGGGUUGUGACUCUCCCUGAAGCUGUGGACUACUGUGUAUAUGUGGUGUAGUUUUAUAAUGUAAAAAGCUUAUGUUGAUCUACUGCAACUUGUAGGAAAUGCCCAUGGAAAAAAAAAGUUUGUUUAAGCUAGAAUUAACGUGUGUGAACUGAGUUUUUUGAGUUUAAAACUGAAGACAGUGGACAAGAAUUCUUUUGCUUUUAUUUAUUAUGAACAAGUUGUUAUAAAACUUCACACCAGAAGGCAGUUGGAAAAUACAUAAAUAUAUUAUUGAAAUCUAAUAAACAAAUACACAUGAUAAGAGAAUCUCCUCAUGGCCAAAUGCACAUAAUUAUUUUUAUCUGCUUAAAACACAAAUUCUUCCCCACCCAAGAUGACCAGUCCAGUGCUUUACAUCCAAAAAAAAAAAAAACAAA